AUGUUAGACAUCGCGGGGUAUCCCUUGGUAGGGACCCUGUCUUCCUCCACCACGGCCGUCCGAAGGACAGUUUGGGCAUUCCUUCUUUUCUGGAUCUGGAUUGCGAGGUCUCAGAUCUUGCCUUAUACACCAACGACGAUCCUCCUGCCCCAGUGUGGGCCUUCGUCGUGUCAAGGCCAGAGCAGCCAUGACGCCUUCAUUUUCUACCCAGACGACUCAUCCGUCAAUCUGCUGUCCAUCGACGUUUCGUCGACAGUUCACGCCAGGUCCCUCAAUGUAGAGACACUUACAUCUGGACUUCCCUUUCUCGACGACGAAGCCGGCUCGACGGCCUUCACCGCGUCGAUCUCGGACGAUGGGACCAUUACCGUACUCGCCGGUGAUUGUUCUUCGAAGAAGGCACCAUCUGUCUGGACCUUCAAUCGGACAUCCGGCCAGACCAAGUGGGCCCAGCAUUAUCCCACCACCAACGGCCCAGCUGGGCCCUCCUUUCUGGGAGGGAGCUUGAGCUUCUCUUCUACGAUCGCCCCGGUCCCAUCGCCGCCUGUGACGUAUGUCUACGGCGGGAUGUGCCCGUGGUCAAACGCCUCAACAUCGACCUGGCAGUCAGCAGCAUCGUACUCGAACCAGAUGCUGAAGAUUUCUACCCAAGACCCUGGACCGGAUGCCGCAUAUACGGUCAGGUAUGCCUCCAACAAUGGACCGCCCAUUGCGGACGCCGGGUUUACCUUCACUCCUCUCGUACCCUCUAUUGCGAACAGGUCGGGAACGGUGACGCAGCAGGCCAACAGCGUUCUGCUGGGGGGACACACUCAAGGCGCCUUCAUCAACAUGAGCACGGCUGCCCUCUGGAGCCUGCCCGAGGAGUCGUGGACCUUCCUCUCCAUCAACGCGCCGGCGGGCAAUCCAAACACCGAGCUGGCCAUCAAGAAUACCAUCACGGGCGUCGAGAGCAGGUCCGGCCACACCGCGGUUCUCACCGAGGACGGAAGCUCCCUCGUCAUACUGGGAGGCUGGGUCGGCGACAUCACCCAGGCGGCCGAGCCGCAGUUGGCAGUCCUCGAGAUGGGCAGCAGCUUUGACGACUGGCAGUGGUCCAACCCGGUCGCGCAGCCGCCAGGCCCCGGAAUAUACGGCCACGGAGCAACUCUGCUGCCCGGGAAUGUCAUGAUGGUCUACGGGGGAUAUAGCGUCUCGUCGAGUCCAUCGUCCAGGGUUAAGAGACGGCAGAUCGGGGCCAGUAACGAGGUUCCCAUGUUCCUCAACCUGACUUCAAUGGCGUGGACAGACGAAUACACGCACCCCACCGCCAGCAGUAAAGCCGACGGUGGUGGUUCAACCUCAAGCUCGCCCUCGCCCAGCGGGUCGAAUUCGAAAAGCAAAAAGAUCGGUUUGGGAGUCGGUCUCGGGGUCGGCAUCCCCCUGGCGAUAGCCGCCAUCGUCCUCGGGGUGUGUUACAGGAGGCACGCCAACCGCCAGCGCGCCCACCGGGACCAGGUGGUCCGGAACCUGAGCCAGGACGCCGCGAGGUUCCUGAACGUGGGCAACAACCACGACGAGAUGCUCGAGCGCGACCACGGCGGCGACGCCGGCAUCUUCCCCUGGAACCCGGCCGCGGCGCGGGACUGGUACACGGGCGGGCCCGACGCGUACGCCCGCGGGCAGCGCUCACUGGGCUACGAGAGUCUCCGCGGUCAGGGCAAGCUGUCCCCCUUCUCGUACCCUCCGCCCCUCCCGCCCGUCGCGGCGGGGCCGAGUUCCGGCCGGUCGCGCGGCUCGGCUCGGGGACUGUACCAGCCCACCAACGUACUUACGUCGUCGAGCGGCGGUGGCAGUGGCGGCUAUGAUUUCGGCAGCCCCCAUCGCAUCCCGCCCAUCUACGAGGCGGACGAGGACGAGGGGCCCGAGGACGGCGACACCAGCAGCCCGAGCGGGUCACCCAGUAGCCCGGAGCACAACCACCACCCCGACGACGACGGCGACUACGACGACGAUGACGAGGGCGAGGGCGCCGGCUCGGACCCGUUCCUCACGCCCACGGCCACGACCCCAAGGGGCAGCGGCAUCUUUGCGCCGUCCAGCCGCGCCGCCAGCACGCCCAGCCCCGAGGGCGGCAGGGGGCCCGCCACCACCACCGCCGUCGCCGCCGCCGGGCAGGACCACGACGUCCGGGACUGGGUGUCGGACGUCGACGCCGCCGACGCCUUGCUGGCGGCCAGGAUCAGCGCGCACGGGACGACCACAACCACGACGCCGACGAGCGACGAGGGCCGCCCCCCGAGCAGCAUGUCCGAGUCCGGCCGCAGCAUCCUCAGCCAGCACCAGAACUACCAGCCGCUGUCGCGGUCGGGGUCGGUGCGGUCGGCGCGGCAGCUGCAGCAGCAGCAGCACCACCACCACCACCGGCGCCGGCACAGCCGGGCAGCGAGCCCGUCGGUGGCGGAGAUGGCGCGCCUGGGGAGCAGCUCGGGCAGCUCGUCGCACACGUGGGGCACGGCCAAGAGUAACCUGGCCGGGCUGCGGGACGAGGGGCCGGGCUUGCUUCGGGGAGGGGGCGGCGAGGAUGAUGAAUAUGAGGAUGAGCCUGGUAGCCCCAGCAAGAAUAGGCCGCGGCGGAGCUGGUUUGGGAGCCUGAGGAGGGUGUUUAGUGGGUCGCCUGAGAGUGGUAGCAGCGGUAGUAGGGGGGGAAGCCCGACGCGGGAGGGCUUGAUGGGGGGAAGCUCGGACUGCGAGGCCAGGCCUGCUGGGGGCCAGAUGCUGAGGAGGAAGCAGGGGCGGGAGGCGUGGGAGGGCGAGGGCGAGGGCGGGGACGGGUUGGAUGACUGGGACGUCGAGAGGGCGGUGGAGCAGAGGCUCGUGCAGGUCAUGUUCACGGUGCCCAAGGAGAGGCUGAGGGUCGUGAAUGCGGAGAUUGAGCGAGAGGAGGAGGUCGUGGUCGUUGACCCGGAUAGGGAGGGCGGGGAGGAGAAGCUUGGGGGCGACGAACGGCCCCUCGAGCCGAUGAGUAAGGACGAGUUGGUCUCGAGAACGCCCUCGACCAUCGUCCACACCGCUGAAGCGGUGAGGCUUGACCGGCCGCGCACGCGGGUGCUUGAGAUGGUCGAGAGCAUCGAGUCUCAGAGCCGGGACAACAGUCCCGCUGGUAGUCCGGAGCGUUGA